AUGAAUAUGCAAAGUCUUGGAAAUGCACACACCAUCAUUCGUUACUUUGAGCUUAAUAAUAGAAUCGAUCAACUGUUUUCGUGGGCUUUUAAGCAAGAUAUAGUA